AUGUCAACCAAACCUCAACAAAAAAUCAAUCUUACACAUUUAAAGAAUUAUAAUGCCAGUUACCAACAAGCAGAUAAUACGAUUCUAAUCAACACGGCAUGGAAGUUGCUAGAGGAUGCUAUCAAGACCAUCCACUCCAAGAAUGCAUCGUCACUGUCGUUUGAAGAGUUGUACAGAAAUGCUUACAAUGUAGUAUUGCACAAACACGGAGAGUUCCUCUACAACAACCUCAAGAAAUUGCUCGAUACGCAUCUCAAGAACAUUGCACAGGGUGUAGAGGCUGCCAACGAUGAGGUGUUCCUCAAAGAGCUCAAUCGAUGUUGGAACGACCACAAGACUUCGAUGAUGAUGAUCCGUGAUAUUCUCAUGUACAUGGAUCGUACCUAUGUCGACCAAUCCAAGGUCGCUCCAGUCUAUGACCUCGGUCUCAACCUCUUCCGUGACAAUGUCAUCCACCAUAAACAAAUCAAAGAUCGUCUUACCAAUAUAUUAUUGGAAAUGAUUAAAAAGGAAAGAUCUGGUGAAAUGAUUAAUAGAUUAUUAAUUAAAAAUAUUACACAAAUGUUAAUUGAACUUGGAAUUAAUUCAAAGAUUGUUUAUGAAGAGAGCUUUGAAAAUCAAUUCUUGGCAACUACUGCAAAAUAUUAUCAACUUGAAUCACAACAAUUAAUAUCAACUUGUAGUUGUCCAGAUUACAUGAAAAAGGUUGAAACAUGUUUAAAGGAUGAACUUGAAAGAGUAUCAUUGUAUUUGGAUGGUAGUACUGAAUCAAAAUUAAAGGAAGUUUCAGAGAAACAACUUAUUUCAAAUCAUAUGAAGACUCUUGUUAAGAUGGAAAAUUCAGGUUUAAUUUCAAUGUUGACCGAUGAUAAAAUUGAAGAUCUCAAGAGAAUGUAUAUAUUAUUUACUAGAGUACCAGAUGGUCUUAAUUUAAUGAAAGAUGUAAUUUCAAAGCAUGUCAGAGAAAUUGGUAGAGAAAUUGUUAUGGAUGAAGAAAAGACCAAAGAACAAGGAACUUAUUUCCAAAGCUUAUUAGAUCUAAAGGAUAAAUAUGAUAAUUUGCAUAUCAAUGCAUUUUUCAAUGAUAAACAAUUCCAACAUACUCUUCAUCAGUCAUUUGAAUACUUUAUCAAUUUAAAUCCAAAAUCACCAGAAUUUAUUUCAUUGUUUAUCGAUGAAAAGUUAAAGAAGGGAUUAAAGGGAGUUGGUGAAGAGGAAGUUGAUAUAUUGUUGGAUAAGAUUUUAAUGCUCUUUAGAUUCAUUCAAGAAAAGGAUGUCUUUGAAAAGUACUAUAAACAACAUCUUGCCAAACGUUUAUUGUUGGGUAGAAGUGUAUCAGAUGAUGCCGAAAGAAAUAUGAUUGCCAAAUUAAAGACUGAAUGUGGUUAUCAAUUUACAAGCAAGUUGGAGGGUAUGUUUACUGAUAUGAGAUUAUCAGUUGAUACAAUGAAUGGUUUUAAACAAUAUACUCAAACUUUACAAUCGCCAUUAACAUUUGAGUUAAGUGUCCAUGUGUUGACUACAGGAUUCUGGCCAACACAAAAUACUGCACAUUGUAUAUUACCAAGAGAGAUUUUGCAUUGUUGUGAAGCAUUCAAAUCAUUCUAUCUUUCUCAACACAAUGGUCGUUUGGUUGUUUGGCAAACCAAUAUGGGAACUGCUGAAAUCAAAGCAUCAUUCCCAUCAAAGACUCACGAGUUACAAGUUUCAACCUAUCAAAUGGUUAUUUUAUUAUUGUUUAAUGAUACUCAAAAAAUUGGUUUCAAGGAAAUUGCAGAAACAACUGGAAUUCCAAUUCCUGAUUUAAAGAGAAAUUUGAUGGCAUUGACAAGUGCAAAGAAUAAGAUUUUGGAAAAGGAAAGUGAGAGCAAGACUAUUGAGGAAUCUGAUGUAUUUGCUUUCAACACUAAAUUCAAGAGCAAAUUAUAUAAAGUCAAGAUCAUGUCUGUCAUACAAAAAGAGACACCUGUAGAAGUUAGUGAAACUAGACACAAGGUUGAUGAAGAUAGAAAGCAUCAAAUUGAAGCAUCUAUUGUUCGUAUUAUGAAGGCUCGUAAGACAAUGGAUCAUUCCAAUUUGAUUUCAGAAGUAAUCAAACAAUUGUCCUCGAGAUUUGUACCAAAUCCAAUCAUUGUAAAAAAGAGAAUUGAAUCUUUAAUUGAACGUGAAUAUUUAGAAAGAUCAAAACAAGAUAGAAAGAUUUAUAACUAUAUGGCUUAA